AUGGUUUGUGAGGUCGGAGCGGCGGUCAUGGACAUGAGUGGCGAGGGUGGCGGAGCGGGCGCGGGGGCGGGCGCGCUUCAGCAGCGGUGGUACGACAGCCGCGUGAACGGCAGCCCGGCCGCCGCAGACGUCGGCUCCGAUGCGAACGGCGACGGCUUCUUCCACUCGCCGCUAGAGGGCGGACAUCACAGUCGCGCCCGUUACUAUCAUCAACAAAUGCACGCCCCCUAUUCCGCCGCAGUCGGCUCGCACGGUCGGACGUUAAGCGGCGGCAGUGGGCAAGUGUGUCGACCGCAUUUCCACACGCCGCUACACCCUUGGCUAGACUCAAAGGCGCUGGGAGGCGGCGCAUGGGGCGGCGGAUUCCAGCAGGAUGCCGCGCAAGCAGACAAACCCCUUUCCCCUGCUCAACACCACCAUCCACACCCCCUUUUCUCCUUCCCUCCGACUCCGCCAAAAGACUCAACUCCCGACUCCGUUGCGGCAGCGGCACUCGGCCAGCAAGACUACCAAGCCGCUGUUGCUCACGCGACCGCUAUGAGCGUCGCUUUUAUGCAGCAGCAACAGGAGCUACCGCUAUGUGGCGACGUCAAGCCCAUGAUGGGCGCACCGCCAUCGAAGCAGCGCGAAGGUGCGCAACCAGACUCGUGCCCCCAAGAGUCGAGUCAGCCCUCUGGGGAAUACAACGCGCAGUACAACGCCGCCGGCGGCGAUUACUACAGCUACCAGGGGAAGGGGUACAGUCAGCAGCAGAGUAAGCCUCGACCGAACAAGACGCGAACGAGCGCCGAGGGCCGGGAGUGCGUGAACUGCGGGGCGACGAGCACUCCUCUGUGGCGGCGCGACGGUACCGGCCACUACCUCUGCAAUGCCUGCGGCCUUUACUACAAGAUGAACGGACAGAACAGGCCGCUUAUUAAGCCAAAGCGAAGAUUGGUGAGUUCGCUGCAGAGUGCAGCUCGGCGGGCAGGCACCUCAUGCGCCAACUGUAAGACGACCACCACCACUCUAUGGCGACGCAAUCAGAACGGCGAGCCGGUCUGUAACGCCUGCGGCCUCUACUACAAACUGCACAACGUUAACCGGCCAUUGACAAUGAAAAAGGAGGGGAUCCAAACACGAAAUCGGAAGCUAAGCAGUAAAAGUAAAAAGAAGAAGGGUGGAAUGGGUAUGGGUGGCGGUGGUGCCUGUGCACUGGCUCUUGGUGGCGUCAUGGGAGAUAUGAUCAAGCCACUAGGAGAUGCUACCAAGGGGUUCGGUGGUUCUGCAUUCCCUUCAGCAAUGGACUUUGGGCAACACCAAGUGGGGUUGGUGCAUCCAGCAGCGGCGCACAUGUCGCACUGGUACGGCGCACCGCACCAGGGCUUUGCACCACCGCCCGCCUCGCACAACCCGUACCACCACCACCACCUCGCGCAACUUAAUUCUAUGACUGGCUGGAGGAGUGAGUACACGUGA